GAAAGUAAUUACAAAAUAAAAGAACGAGGAGCGAAGAAACAUUUUUGUUUUUCUUUUUUUUAUCGAAGAAAAUAAUAAAAGGAGGAGCAGAAAGAGUCAACAUGAAAGCGAUAAAAGUGAUUGGAUUUUUGUUGUUCAUUACAUCGAUCGGAGCAUUGGCUAAAACACAGACUGGUGUCAGUUCAGGUCAAUCUGUAUCGUCUACCGUCGCGCCAAAAGGGAAGGGGAGUUCCAGUAAUCCCAUAGUUUCACUUCUCACAUGUGUUUUGGAAAAUGUAGGCGAUCUACUUGGGAUAUCCCUCACUGGUUUAUUGGGGGAUCUUGGACAACUAAUUGGCCCGGAUGGUUCAUUAAAUUUAUCAGGACUUAUUUCCGAUCUUGUCUCCAUCUUAAACAUACCGCUCGAUGAAAUAUUUAAUGCCCUACGAACUGGAAAUCUGUCACAACUCACGCAAGAGCUUCAACCUUUAGUCAAUAGCUUAUUAAAUUUACCUAUAGUCGGCUCUCUCUUAUCGCUUCUGGCGAAUGUUCUCCAGGUCCCAGUUUCUCUCAUCGUAGCUGUACUAGGUCUGGUUCUUCAAAUCGUUAAAUCAUUACUCGACGCUCUUCUUGGGGGACAGAUAAAAUGCGAUAAAUAAUCGAUAAGUCUUUCUAUAAAUACAUAUACAUGAAUACAUAUAUAUCUAUACCCUAAUAAAUUGCUAUUAAAAAAUUAUAUUUCAAAAUAUA